AUGUGUAAGCCAUAUGAUUUAUAAUAUCAUAGAGCUCAGUAAAAAGAAUUACAAAUCGAAAAUUACUAAUGUUAACAUUCCAUUUCAGAAUACUAAUAUAUAUAUUGGGAUUUUGAGAAUAGAAGAUUUAAAAAGAUCAAAUAUGAAGUCUCAUUUACAAAAGAGAAGCAAAUCAAAUACAUUUAAAAUGGCUAGGUUCUUAGGAUUGAAUAAGCAAUAAAUUCCCUCUAAAAACCUGACAUCUUGACUAAUUUAGAAUAGAUUAAAUACCUUCAGUGGUCUGGAAAAUAUGGGCAAAAUACUAUGAAAAUAGGUAGAUGGUCAGCGACUUGGAAUAAAGACAUCAUUUUAGAAAGUGGUGGAUAUUACUCUGAAGAUGGAUAAAAGCAAGGCUUAUGGAGAGAUUUAACCAGGAAUUAUUGGAGUGAAGCCAAAGUAUAUGAGAUAGGAUUGUAUAUUGAUAAUAAAAGAAGUGGAAAAUGGAAAUAUAUCUACAAUAAUAAUGAAAUAGGUGGCGGAUUCUAUGAUGAGUAAGGCGAGAAGAUUGGCAAAUGGAUAGAGUUGAGCGAAUACUUUUGGAAAUAAGGUUAUGUCGUUUAUGAUGGGGAAUACAAAAAUGGUAAAAGAUAUGGUGUAUGGAAUGUUUUGCAUAAGAGGAAUGGUUAGAAACAAUUAAAAUUAAUUGGCUUUGGAUCAUAUGAGAACACAUAAGAGGACGAUCUGAUUCUAGAUUCUGUUAAAGUUGGAAAAUGGGUUGAAUUGAAUUAUGGAUUUUGGGAUUUGGCUUAGAUCCUACAUACUGGUACUUAUAAGGAAGGCAAAAAAAUUGGUAGAUGGGAUAUAUUAUACAGAAUUAGUAAUAAUAAACCUUUUGAAAUAAUAGGUGGAGGAACUUAUGAUGACAGAUUAGAAGGCCAAGUUAUUUCAAGCUCAUUGAAGAAUGGAAAAUGGAUAGAGUUGAUUGAAGGAUUCUGGAGGGAUAAUUAAAUAACUUACAAAGGAGAAUACCAUAAUGGAGUAAAAGUAGGCUAAUGGGAUAUUUACUAUUAUAAUGAAGAUACUGAAGAUAUUGAAUUGACAGGUGGUGGUUCCUAUAUUGAAAAAGUGAAUGAUUAAAAUAUCGUGAGUUCCGUUAAAAUAGGUAAAUGGAUUGAGUUGAUUGAUAAUUUUGAGAGUGAAAUUCAAGUUACUUUUAUAGGAGAGUAUGAUAAUGGCAAAAAGGUGGGAAGGUGGGAUACUUUUUAUAAGAAGGAGUAGUUGUAAAAUUGA